CCGGGAGGUCAUGCAGGCGCUGCUGGACCACGCGGCCUGCGCCGAGGGCCUCGAGGACUGCGCGGGGAAGCUGCAGGCCGCCCUGGCGGGCGACGCCGUCCCCGCCAGCGAGGCGCUCCUGGCGCUGUUGACGGCGCUGAGCGAGCUGGCGUUCGGCCCCCGCGUGUCCUUCCUGGAGGCCCUCUACACCGGCCAGCAGGAGCGCAUCGACUGCCUCCUCGACAAGGCCCAGCCGUUCCUGGCCAUGCUGCCGCCCAUGCCCGCGGAGCACGGCGCGCACAUCUGCGACGGCUGCGACCAGGGGCCCCUCCGCGGGCCCCGCUUCUCCUGCAAGAGCAUCGGCGACUUCGACCUCUGCGCCCGCUGCUUCGCGGACAGGGACUCCAUCUGCGGCGGCAGGUGCGCGGGCCACGAGUUCGAGACGAUCGCGGGCACCGCCUGCGGAAAGGGCCAUGGCAAGGGCAAGGGCAAGGGCAAGCACAAGGGCGGCCACGCCGCGGAGGGCGCCGAGGGCGCCGGCGUCGGCCCGCAGCAGUCGGGGCCCAGCACUCUCAGGGCGAGGGAGGGUGCGGACGAGACCAUCACCAUACCGAGCGGCUUCUCCGUGGUCGCCGCAUUCUACGGGGACGCGUCGCGCGGCAAGGGGCGCGACGUCACCGACAUCGUGAAGAGCUGCGAAGCCAGCGGGCAAGUCCUUCGUGCAUCCAACGAGCUCUUCGGGGACCCCGUCUUCGGCACGGAGAAGACCCUCUUCGUAGACGUCGAGGCGUCUGCAGUGACAAGCUCCACGGACUGCGACAGCCAGAUGCCCGCAGAUGGCGACAGCCAGGCGACCACGGACAAGGGCAAGGGCAAGGGCAAGUGCAAGGGCAAGGACAAGAGCAAGUGCGAGGGCACCGGCGUCGCCUGCGCCAACCCAGGUUGCGGCUUCCGGGUGACUUGGCACGCGACCCACUGCUGCCACAUGUGCAAGAGCUCCGACGGCAAGGGGCACGGGCACAGGUGCAACAAGGUGCCCGUGGCAGACACCGAGGCCACGUCCAAGGAGCCCCCAGCGCCCGGCGCUGCCCCGGCCAGCUCCGCGGGCCGCGACGGCCGGGCCGAGCUGCAUGGGGCACCCGCCCUGGACGGCUCGACGGAGGGCGACAGCCCGGCGGGCACGGCGCAGGGCACGGACAAGGGCAAGGGCAAGGGCAAGGGCAAGGGCAAAGGCACCGGCAAGGAAGGCAAGGACAAGAGGAAGUGCGAGGGCACCAGCGUGGCCUGCGCUUGUGGCUGCGGCUUCCAGGUGACCUGGCACAAAACCCACUGCUGCGGCAUGUGCAAGCAGACCGACGGCAAGACGCACGGGCCGAAGUGCAGCCAGGUGCCAGUGCCAGACGCUGAGGGCGCCGCCAAGGAGCCUCCUGAGCCAGUCGCGGCGGCCACGGACGCGACGGAGGGCAGCAGCACCACCAGCUUCGACAUCUCCAUCCCCGUGGCCGUUGGAGACGGCCGCCACGCGAAUCUCGAGUGGAACCUCGUCGACGACCCGCAGGAGGUUGCAGAGGCCUUCGUGGCGGUGCACGGGGUCUUGCCAGAGGAACUGCCCACGGUGCGCCUCUUCGUGGAGCAGCACACCGCGGCCGCCGCCGCGGCGCGGCCCGAGUGAGGAGCGGGGCGAGGACCCGGCGCUGGUCGGCGGCGGGAGAGGAGGGGGGAAGUCAGGAGAUUGGGUCAACGGAGGCUUGGGGGAUGGGUGAGAAGACGACACCUCAAAAAUGGCAAUGGCGCACCCGCGUGACAGAGUGGAGCUUGCGCCCAACACUCUUCUGCGAAGCCGAUUGUACAAAUACAGGGUGAUGAUCCGUCCACCUCCAAGAUGUACAAAGACC